AUGUAUAGCCCAGAGUUACCUCCAUUGCAUGAUAUGGACCAAGAGUUCAAGCUUGGUAAAAAUGAUCAUGGACACGAAGAGGACAAAGUAAAGAAGAGACAGGUACGUCUAUUGAAGAAUAGACAGUCUGCUGCACUGUCCAGACACAGAAAGAAGGAGUACAUAACCAGUCUUGAAGGCAAGGCCCAAGAGUUGCACUUGGUAACUCAUGAGUUGCGUCAGACGGUAAAUCAGAUGACUCGACAGCAAUUCGAUACCACCACACACAUCGAGGAGCUGGACAGCAUGUACAGAAAGCUCUCUGUCCACAAUGACCUUCUCCAGCAGCGCAUCGACGAGAUCAUGACGAUUAUCAGUGAGAAGAACAGCACACCAACCUUCUCACCAUCCUCAUCGUCCAAGCCAUCAACACACUACUCUCGUCCACAUGAGAUCAUAAUCGGAAUGAACAAGAUGAAUCACUGUAUCAAUAAGCAACAACAACAACAACAACAACAACAAACAACCUCAACAUCAUCCACCUCAUCAUCUUCUUCAUCUUCCUCAUCAUCCCCAUCAAUACAGAAAGUACCAACAAACAACAGUGACAGCAGCACUGACAACAACAAGAAUAGGAGCAGCAAUGACAGUGUGUCCAAGUCGAACAACCAGCCAUUCCUCAGUAUUUCGAAUCCUAAUGUAAAUUCAUCCUCUCCUUCGUACUUGACCAGGGCUAGGUCAUCGUCCUACCAUCCAACACCGCAUGACAACCAUCCUGGCUUGGCCGAGUCCCCCUCAACAUCUUCGACGAUGCUCCCUUCAUUGCACCACCUCACCCAUCAUAUUGACGACUCUGCUGCUGCUCCACAGCACAACGUGCGUCCCAGCCUCACUGCCUCGUCCAUCAUUGACCAUAAGAAGAAUCUACAACCUUCUGUCUACUAG